UUACGGUCCUAUUUGCAUACACUUGGUUGAAACUGUUUUUACAAGCAAGUUCCCAAGCGCGCAAUAGGCAAGCAGCUGUUACCGGAUUGAAGACUGACAAGGCUGGAAUUCUCAUUGUUCUCGCGUGUAAUGCCGAUGGCUCCGACCGUUUGCCCUUGUGGUGUAUUGGCACUGCCAAAGCCCGGAGAACCAGUUGACAAUGUAUGUUUUCCAUACAACAACGACGCCAAGCCGUGGAUGACAGCCAAGAUCUUCAACAGCGUCUUGGCAACUAUCGAUAUUCACAUGAUAAACAUGAACAAGAAGAUCCUCUUGUUGAUGGACAACACUCUGUCCCACAAGUGGGCACGAUCGUAAACGAACGUGGAAAUUUUGCGUUCGCCACCAAACACCACGUCGAAGCUCCAGCCUGUGGACGCUGGCAUCAUCCGAAGCUUCAAAACAAACUACAGUACAACUGGGCUCCAGUCAAGUACCGUGAGGGAAAUUUGCUCAAUCUCUAUCAAAUCGACCAGAAGGUGGCAAUGGGCUUUCCCCGUAUCGCCUGGAGACAGGUGAUAGGAACCACAAUCGCCAACUGCUUCAGGCAUACGGAACUUUUCGGCGAGGCUUCCGACAUCAAUCCAAUUGAUGAAUAACGGGGUACAAGUGCGAUUUGCCUAUGCGACUUCAAUCGUCACACCGUUGAACCUGAGAUUGUGCAAGAGAUCUACACAUUUAUCUUCAACAUCCACGGUAAGAAGCCAUUCAUGUUGCACCAGGACCGCCCAGAAAUGUAUUCCAAAUUGGAUUAUUCUGGGCCCCUAUCUUCGAAACUUUCUUCGGGCAAGAUGA